AUAGUAUUAUCAGUAACUGUUAAAAACGCCAUCCUGGACCUGAAGCAAAUUGCCAAAUUAGAAUUCAAUACCAGUCCAAAUAAUCAAUGGCUCUUCCAUAAUUCCGUUCUUCAGCUCUUCAAGCGUCAGUGUCUCUGUCCUCAUACAAUCCGUCUUCCUCCUUAAUCAUUAAUUUGCAAGGCCACCACCGCGUCUCCGGCACCGGUAUACUCUGGCUUCUUCAACAUUAUCCCUGGCUCAAAAUGGAGUUCCUAGCCUGCUUCACGUAGUGUUGAGGCUUCUUUAACUAUCAUCUCAACUGCUUUACGACUGUGUGAGACACAAGGUCGAUUAAACGACGUCGCUACAUCCAGCUGGCCGCUGCAUGCUAUCUCCGCUGCUCCAGUGCGCAGGGUAUGUGAUAGAUUCUGAAUUUUUUGAAACAUAGAGAUUUGUAUUCCGGUUCUAGCGGAAAAAAAGGCCGAGGCUGAGAUUCAUUAAAUAUCACAGUGAGACGGUUUAGCUGUUAUAUUCGUUAUUUUCAAAACAUGGGCGAGAAUGAGCAGUUUUGGGUGGAAGAACACACAGGACAUCAAAAUUUUUCCAUAGGUAUGAAACGAAAGGCUAGAACAAAGAAACUGGAAUUUAUUGGGUGGGGAUCUAGACCACUCAUUGAGUUUCUUGAAUCAACUGGUAUAGAUGCUAGCAAACAAAUCUCCCAAUAUGAUGUUGCUGGCAUUAUAAAUAAAUAUGUUAAUGAUCACAACCUUAAUCAUCCAGCAAAAAAGAAGAGGAUUGUUUGUGAUGAACGGCUCCUUUCUCUAUUUGGAAGGAAGACCAUUGCCAGGAUAAAAAUAUAUGACAUGCUGGGGACUCAUUUUGCUGAAAAUCAAGUGGAAUCAGAUGAUGAAUUGCUUUUUAGUUCAGAAGAAGAGGACGGUGCCAAAGAGCAACAGAAGCAUCUGACUUCAGACAAAAGAACACCUAGUAAGAAGAAAGUUUCGGAAGCUCCAAAGAGCUGUUUUGCUGCCAUAAUUCCUGCUAAUAUUAAACUUGUCUACUUAAAAAGGAGUUUAGUUCUGGACCUUCUCAAGGAGCCAGAAACUUUUGAAGGCAAAAUAGUAGGGAGCUUUGUACGAAUCAAAUCUGACCCGAAUGACUACCUACAGAAAAACUCUCACAUGCUUGUGCAAGUUACAGGUUUAAAGAGGGCCUCUAGGUCCGAUGAAAAGUCUGCAGAUGUUGUUCUUCAAGUUUCAAAUUUUGUAAAAGAUGUCUGUAUAUCCAUGCUCUCAGAUGAUAACUUUCAUGAGGAAGAAUGCGAGGAUUUGCAUCAGAGAAUAAGAGAUGGGCUGCUCAGACAGCCAACUAUUGUGGAGCUGGAAGAGAAGGUGCAAGUCUUGCAUCAAGAUGUGACAAAUCAUUGGCUUGUGAGGGAACUUGCACUGCUACAAAAGCUAAUUGAUCGAGCCAAUGAAAAGGGAUGGCGCAAAGAGCUUUUUGAGUACUUGGAUAGAAGGCAGCUGCUACAGACUCCAGAUGAAAAGUCACGACUCCUGCGUGAAGUUCCAAAAGUUAUUGCUGAAGAAAUAGAGGCUGAGGUUACUCCAGAGGAUAUUCCAGAUGAUGCAGAAAAUGGAAAUCAUGGUUCACCAGAAUCAACCCUCAAUGGAGGUUCGAAAAUCAUUGUUCGUGAUGUAGCAGCCAAAGAACUCCCAUCAGCUUGGAUUUCUUUUAGUGUGGAUUCAACAGGGAACCAAGCAACCUUUGCAACAACGAAGCAGAACAAUGGAACAGAUUAUUGGCUUGAUGCUCAGGAAAAGCAACCAAAUGAAGUAUUUUGUGACAGCAAUAGUAAAAUGCAACCUAUGAAUGCUCAAGAGCAUUCUCAAGAUUGUCGGCUCAAUGCUCAGCAAAAGCAACCAACUGAUAUAUCUUGCGAUAGCAAUUGCAAAUUGCAGCCUGUGAAUGCACAAGAGCAUUCUCGAGAUUGUCAGCUUGAUGCUCCACAAAAGCAACCAACAGAGAUAUCUUGCGGUAGCAAUGAUAAGACGCAGCCUAUGAAUACACAACAGCAUUCUCGAGGCGGAAUAAAUGUCCAAGUGAUUGAUUUGAGUGAUGAUGAUGAUGAUGAUGAAAAUGAAGAUUCAAAUGUCUCCGAGGCUCUUCAUUAUGACCUGGCAAGUUAUGUAUGGUAUUACACGGAUCCCCAGGGAGAAGUACAAGGUCCAUUCUCAAUUAAUUCUUUGAAACGUUGGAACGAUGCCGAUUACUUUCCUCCAGGUUUCAAGAUAUGGAUGAUGGGACAGAGCCCAAGAGAAGCUGUAUUACUGAGUGACAUUCUUCCUCGGACUUCUCGCGUCAAUUAGAGGCAGCUUCUUCUUGAGGUUUGUUGUUGUUGUUGUAUGCGGUUUUUCACAUUUACAGUGCCCUUGUACAGCUUGCAGGACGGAAUAAACAAUUUUCCGAAUAAGCUAGAAAUGUGAAGAAAUACCAAUUGAAGAGAUUCCGUGGCCUAAAUCUGAUCUGUAUGCUGGGAGACUUUUGAGACUUCCGUUUUUCCAACUUCAAACUCUUGGGGCCUGCCUGUUUGUACAUUUAAGGAUCUUAUUGAUUCGAAUGUAAUUCAUUGCUCCUUUUUUUUUUU